AUUUUUGUGUGUUGACUCUAUGUUUUGUUUCUCAUAUAUGAAGUCUACUCACUUUGUUUUCUCCCAGAGGAAAGGAAAUUAAAAUGGCACAUCCACAUACUCAUAAAUCAAUCUCCUUCUUGUGCACAUUUCUGUUAUUUUUAUGUCAUCUGCAAUAUUUUUGUUCAGGAACAGAUAGCAUAAGGGCAGGCACCUGGAUCCACGACGGGGAAGAAAUCGUGGCAGCUAGCAAAAUUUUCCGGCUGGGUUUUUUUACACCUAACGGAAGCAGUGGUCGAUACGUUGGAAUAUGGUACUCCAACAGUCCGGGAGUGAUUGUAUGGGUGGCCAUCCGAGACAAGCCAAUACCAACCGGUGUUAAUGGAACUUUUGGCAUAGACGCAAAACGGGGUGACCUGGAGGUGUCUGACGACAGUGGUAAUUAUAGUAUAUAUUUCUCCACAUAUGUUGGCCCCAAUUCAAAGCUUUGGAUCGCUAAACUGUACGACACUGGUAACUUGGUGCUGACGAAUGAUCGAGGCGAAACAUUGUGGGAAAGCUUCGAGAAUCCAACUGAUACGUUUCUUCCAGGAAUGAAAAUGGACGGGAAUCUCAAUUUGACGUCAUGGAAAAGUAAGGAAGAUCCUGCACCUGGAAACUUCUCGUUUAAGUUGGAUGAAGAGACUGGAGGAGGCGGAGGAUACAAAAUUACGAAAUCCGAGUUAAUUACAGCUUACUGGAAGAGUGGGGGAGAUUCUACCACUAGCUUCCUGCCUAAACAAAUGAGUCCCUCAGUUUCCACAUUGUUAACCAAUGCCGUUACCCAUAGAAGGAAAGCUAUUAUUCCACCAAGGUUGUUUAUGCAGUCUAAUGGGGAGAUUGAGUACUUGAGCUGGGAUUUUGGCCAAAAAAGAUGGUUAAUUUUAUGGUCCGAACCAAAAGGGCCAUGCAGUGAAUUCCAAGUUUGCGGUCAUUCUGGUAAAUGUCGACCCGAGCCUCAAAAUCCUAAUACGACGUCGUGCACCUGUUUCCCUGGGUUUGAACCUAUUAAUGGGGACGAUUGGAAGGCAGGUGAUUUUUCUGGGGGUUGCAUAAAGAAACCGAGUAAAUGUACACGCCGCCUGAACGAUACAUCUUACGUCCAACUAAAUGUGAAAAUGGUGCGGUCAAACACACCGAAUUUUAAUGGUGAAAUUUCAGAGGAUAUGUGCAACUUGAAAUGCUUAAAAGAAUGUAAUUGCCAAGCCUACUCUUAUGGUAGUAAUAAGACGAAUGACAGGAACAGUGGGUGCUGGUUUUGGUUCGAUAAUCUUGAAGAUAUUCAGGAGGGAUCUGAUGGUGUCCCUAUCUUCUUCCGUGUCGACCCCCCUUCAGAUAAUGACCUGGGAUCGAAUCCUCCAGCUUCAGCAGUGAAUCAACCAAGAGACAAUGGUUCCUCGCCAACUAACUGGAGGAUAAUUAUUAUACCAGCCACUGUGAUAUUUGCAGUUGCACUACUUUGCAGCCUUACCUGCAUUUUUUACAGAAGGAUCGUGGCGAAAAGAAAAGCUCGAAAUAUCAAAGAAAAUCAAGCCCUUCAGUUGUCUGAUAAUGAAGAUCAAUUUGGAGAAGAUGACAAAAAAGACAUUGAUGUACCUUUCUUUGAAUUGGAGAGCAUAGUGGGUGCCACAGACAACUUUUCAAAGGCAUAUAAGCUUGGAGAAGGGGGAUUUGGCCCUGUUUACAAGGGAAUGUUUCCAGGUGGAGUAGAGAUUGCUGUAAAGCGGCUGUCAAGCAACUCUGGGCAAGGUUUGAAGGAGUUCAAGAAUGAGGUGGUGCUGAUUGCUAAACUUCAGCAUCGGAAUCUUGUCAGGCUUUUGGGGUACUGCAUCAAGGGGAAAGAAAAGAUUUUACUCUACGAGUACAUGCCAAACAAAAGUUUAGAUGCUUUAAUAUUUGAUUCAAAUCGAAGUAUGUUACUGAACUGGGCAGCACGAUUUGACAUCAUAAUAGGAGUAGCUCGAGGGCUUCUCUAUCUUCAUCAAGAUUCUAGAUUGAGAAUUAUUCAUCGAGAUAUGAAAGCAAGCAAUAUUUUACUAGAUGAUGAGAUGAACCUGAAGAUUUCUGACUUUGGCUUGGCAAGAAUUGUUGGACGAAGAGACACAGAAUCUAGCACCACUAGAGUUAUAGGAACCUACGGUUAUAUGGCUCCAGAAUAUGCACUAGAAGGCCAGUUCUCAGUUAAGUCUGAUGCCUUUAGCUUCGGGGUAGUUGUGCUUGAGAUCGUCAGUGGGAAAAAGAACACUGGCUUCUUUGACCCCCAACUUGCCCUGAGUCUUCUAGGCUAUACUUGGAAUUUGUGGAAAGAAAAGAAGCCGUUGGCUUUACUGGAUGAGACGCUAGUGGGAUCGUGCAACGACAGUGAAGUGGUGAAGUGCAUUACCGUAGGGCUUUUAUGUGUACAGGAAGACCCCAAUGAUCGUCCUGACAUGUCAAAGGUAGUUUUUAUGUUAAACGGUGAAACUGAAACCCUUCCAAAUCCAAAGCAGCCGGCUUUCAUUACAAGAAAUCGAUUUGAAGGCACAACUUCAUCGUCCAAUAAACUAGAAACACAGUCCAACAAUGAAAUAACAUUUUCUGUAGAGGAUGGCCGGUAAAAGAUUUAGCUGACUUCUUACAAGCCAAAUGAAGCCAGUCGAUUGUAUAAUUGUAAUGUAGCAUUAUGUUUCAUUGUACUGAAAUGUGCAUUUGCAUUGAAAGGGGUAUAUUACUCUUUGUAGAGAUUUAUGUUACCUUCUUGUCUUGUCUCCUCUGGUUGAAAGGCGUAGUUAUUUACUGUGAUAA